UGAGCAGGAGGGCGACUCAUGGUGGGCUGUGCUGUGGAGACGACCGUGAUGGCUGAAACCCUACCCCGCGCUUAUCCAGAGUGGCCUGACCACCUGGAAAAUAACUCCCCAAAUCCCUUUUCCCCUCCUUCUUGCAGAAAUGCAAUAUAAACCUUCCUGCGUAACCUGUAGCCGGCUGCACCCGGAGCUGACUGGCGUAGAACCUUAGCAAUCAGCAGUGCCUAAAUUGUCCUGAGCUCUCCCUGCAUAAGGGACCUUGAGCCCCAAACAAACCCACAGGACUUCAAAGUGGGCCGCCUUUUGGCACCAUUGAUUUAAUUCAUGUGUACCACACCCACUCAGAUGAUGGGAAAUAUGUACAGUGUUUUUAUAUUUAGAUGUGUUGCAGCUAUAGAAUGGUGAAAGGGCGAAUCUUGAAGCCUGCCUUUGCUUUCACCAGUCAGGAUUUUGGAUUUCUCUUGAGCUUUGCCAAUUCCGCAGCAAGAAUGAAGCCCAUCAACCUGUCCUUCGCAGCCUGUGGGUUUCUGGGCAUUUACCACUUGGGGGCGGCAGCUGCCUUGUGUAGGCACGGCAAGGAACUCCUGAAGAACGUCCAGGCUUUCGCAGGGGCCUCUGCAGGAUCCUUGGUUGCUUCUGUCCUGCUAACCGCACCAGGAAAAAUAGAGGAAUGCAAUGAAUUUACCUAUAAGCUGGCCGAGGAAACCAGAAGGCAGUCUCUCGGGGCAGUGACUCCAGGUUAUGACUUCAUGGCCCGCCUGAGGAGCGGGAUGGAGUCCAUUCUUCCUACUAAUGCCCACGAGCUGGCCCAGAAUCGACUGCACGUGUCUAUCACCAACACCAAGACCCGGCAGAAUUACCUGGUCUCAGAUUUUUCCUCCAGGGAAGACCUCAUUAAGGUCCUCCUGGCUAGCAGCUUUGUGCCCAUUUACGCCGGACUGAGACCAGUGGAAUACCAAGGACAGAAAUGGGUGGACGGAGGCCUCACUAACAGCCUUCCCAUCUUGCCUGUGGGCCGCACAGUGACCAUCUCUCCUUUCUGUGGACGACUGGACAUCUCUCCCAAGGACAAAGGGCAGCUGGAUUUGUAUGUUAACAUCAACAAUCGGGAUAUCAUGCUGUCCCUGGCAAACCUGGUGAGGCUGAACCAAUCCCUCUUCCCACCAAGUCAAAAGAAAAUGGAGUCCUUUUAUCGAUGUGGAUUUAAUGACACUGUUAAGUUUUUACAGAAAGAAAACUGGUUUGAAUAAAACACCUAAACGUGCGUAGCCCAAAAUCGGUUUCGGGCAGAUUUAGAGGGAGGUUUCUAUUUAAAUCCUUUGUAGAAAAAUCUCAUCAGGCUUCUAGGUCAAUUCAUUAUUACUCUUGGCAAUAUGUGCAUUUUUUUUAUUCCUUUUUUAUUGGCGUAUGUUUGUGAUACAUAAUAAUACAGGCAUCUUGGAGAGUUGAUGUAUAUGCACAUCACAUCUUAUUUAUUUUCUCAUCCCAUUGUCAUGCCCCUCUCCUAUGUUAUCCAGAUGUCCUCCCCGCUCCAAAGACUGCGUCACUGUUUUCUAUCAUUUCCCUUUUAUUUUGCUGUUUAUAUUUUUGGUUUCUCAUCUGAGAGAAUUUGUAUGAUAGUGAACUCAUGUCUGAUUGUUUCACUCAGCAUUAUGUUCUCAAAGUGUAUCCAUUGUUCUACAAAUAACCCAAAUUUAUGCUUCAUUCUGGUUGACGAGUACUUACUGUGUGUAUUCAUAUUCAGCCCAUUUUCCUUAUCCACUCAUGUAUCCAUAGAUACUUAUCAGGUCUUCCAAGAUCUAGCUAGUAUGAAUAAUGUUUCUCUAAACAUUGGUAUGCAUGUGUCGUGGUUUAUGUCUGUGGCCCCCAGGGCUCAUGAGUUUGCAUUGUGCAUUUGUGAUUGGUUCACUGUCUAGUGCUUGGAUUGAUGGUGUCAGUGGUAUACCUGCCUAGGUGGGGGAGCCAGAAAGUGAUGUAAUCGCAGGAAAAAAAGUGUGUCUCCCUCUCUUCUGGUUUCUGCCUUGCUGUUUGCAGCUGCCAUGAACUGCGGAUAGCUACCCAGAGAGGUAUGGCCAGGUCCAGUAGAACUUCUGUCUUUGGUGUUUUGAGGCAUCUCCACACUUACUUCUAUAGUGAAUGCACCAAUUUACAUCCCCCCCCCCCCGGCAUUUCCUGUUUCUUCAGAUCAUGAUGAUGAUUUCUUCUUCCUGAAGUAAGUUGCAGGCUUAGUGUUGUUUCGAUUUACAUCAUUUUUAACAUGUGAAUGACUACUUCCUCUCAAGAAAUAGGCAUUUCUGUAGCAUUUGGCCCAGGCGCUAAGGAAUAUGUGCCUAGAUGAAGAGGAAUCAUUUUGUAGAGAAAAGUCUUCACCUUUGAAGGACUUCAUAUCCCCUCUGGGCUCAGGUGUUGAAAGCGCAGGGCCACAAAGCUUGUGUCUCUACAAGGCCAUUCCUCUCUGACUGUUUAGCUACCUCUAUAGAUACUGGACAUAUCUUUCCUAGGAAAUUAAAUCAAUCAAAUACUACUAAACACCAGGAACCAAGUAAAACAAAUAGCUUAGCAACUAACAGUGAAAAUCCCAAAUACUCCUGCAGCGAAUAAUUUGUAAAUCUUCACAUACAGCUCUCAGCCUUGGACUUUUAAGAUGAUUGUGCUUUCCACAAGCUGGAACACUUGCAGAUGGGUUUCUACUAAUUCACUUGCACUGUCUUAAAUCUUAAAUAUGGUUUUAUGGGGUUUGCCAAGCGUGAACUCUUAAUUAGUAGAAGGCAGUUAGAAACAAACCGAUUUAAUUAUAUGCCUUUAACUGUCCUGCAUGACUCUUUUUACCCUUUCAAGCCAUUCUUUCAAUCAAUUUUAUGAUCCUCAGAAGCCCAAAAUACAGUUUGUAGCACAGAAACACCAGCCAUUGCCUCUUUCUGGGGUGUUCUCCAGAAACCCCGCCCUAGAAUGCUGAUGGCCCUUGGAGGCAUGUGCUUUAUUUACCCGAGCAAACAUGGAGUUAAAUCUCAACUGUGUUGUUUUUGUAAAUGCCAGGAGGUCCAUGGGUUCUCAGUUCAUUGCUGUGUCCACUUAUGCAGUGUGUGCAUUUUCAUUUUGCCUAAGAUUUUUCACCUUACCCCUUCCAUUUUUCAUCAUAUGUGGAUACUCCAUGGCUUAUUUCCAUUAGCCCUUCCUUUUUUUCUUUAAAAAAAGGAUAAAAAAUGAUACGGAGAUUAAAAAAUAUAUAACACUAGUUAAUAUAUUGCACAUUGUUUUUUCAAAGAGAUUAAGACAAAAGACAUAACAAAUCAGAUCAGAGCAGAACAAUAUAAGCAACACAGUAUUUCACCACAAGACAAGCUGUAAUUAAUAGUAGCUAUCAUAAUGUCUCUUUCUUUGAAAUAGUUGAGCAUAAUUUCAUAUACAAUAGUAUCAAACAUAAAAUAAUAUAAAAGCAUUCAAGAGAAUUAAAGUAUUACAGGACAUUCAGAAACAAAUAACAGGAAACGAACAAUGGCUACUAUAUUAUCUCAUUUUCCAUAGAAAAUUUGUUUAUAUUAUCACACAUAAUAAAAUCCAAUAAGAUACAAUAUGAUAGAACCAAUGGAAACAGAAGAACAAAAGCACAGUAGGACUUCAGAGUAAGGUGACAUCAAAUCAGCUCUGGCUAUUAUAAUGUCUUGUUUUCUUCAAAAUAGCUGUUCAUACCACCACAGAUAAUAAAAUUAAACAAACCAGGACAAACCCAUUCCAACUAAUGAAUGCAAACUUUAUAAGGCUGCAAAGCAAUGUAAUGGGGAAUCAUGAUUACAAUAAAAAACAGUUGUUCAGAUUAUAAGAAUUAGCCAUCAAAAAUGAAAACACGAAUUUUAUUUCGAUGAACUAACAUCGGUAAUAUAGUUAUCUAUCUUGUAUACACACACAUAUAAAAGUACACCUAUAUACAUAUAAUUUUUCCCCUUUUUUUCUCCUUUCCCUAUCCCAGUUCUUUCAUUCUGAGUACUUCUCCCUUUCAUUUUCACAAUAUCUGUUGUACAUUUUGGAUCUGAUUUACUUUUUUGGUUUGUUUUGGGUUUAGCUAGGGAGUUAAAGAGCGAUACUUACACAUGCAAGUCUGAUUGAUUUCCCUUACUUACGAUAGGACAGAAAAGAAUCUUGCUCUCUGACUUUCUUUUUUCAGUCUGAGUUUGUAGUACCUAAUGCUGGCGUCCAUUGUGUGCCCAUCACCUUUACAUUCCUUUCCCGUCCCUUCCUCCCUCUUCCUCCUCCCCCUCCAUCAUGUGUCCGCUUUCUCUUUGAGAACCAUCUGUCUCCCCAUUUCCUAUUACCUGCCUUUUAUUUUGCUUUUGAUUUACAAUUCGUCUCUCAUAUGUGAGACACUGUGUGACAUUUAAGUGUGUAUCUCAUUUCUUUCACUUAACAUUACUAUGAAUUGUGCUGCUAUAAACACAGGUAGGCACAGGUCACUAUUAUUUGAUGUCCUUUGACUCUUGCAGGAAGAUACCUGAGAUUCUGUCUUACUCCAGAAAGAUCGACCAUCACCAGGACAUCAAAUAAGGAUGAAUGCUGGUGAAACUGUGUCCAGGGAACCCUUCCACAUUGUUGGUGGAAAUGUAAAGUAGUGUCCACACUAUGGGAAUCGCUAGGGAAAUUCCUCAAAAAACUAAAAUUAGAGGGCCGCUGACCUAGCUCAGCAGCAUGACCGCUUACCUGGCAAGCUCAAGGACCUGAGUUUGAUUCCGGAUUCAAAAAAAGAGAGAGAAAUAAGGAAAAAGUGCAACUAGCAAUUCCAGAUGGCCAGCCAUUCCCCUUCUAUGUAUCUUCCUGAAAGAGUCUCUUUGACUUUAAAAUUAGUUUUUGGUUUGUCCGGGCUGGAGAUUGAACCCGGGGCCUUGAGCAUGGCUAGGCAAGCGCUUGGCCAUUUUGUAAUCCACUACACAUCUUUCACCUUUGGGAUUUUUCCUUUAAACAACCAAAAAAGUGUGCAGUUGCUCAUGGGUGAGCCUGCAGCCCUUUCUCUGCUAACAUGCGUGGAUGCCACUGUUUUCCUUGGAGAGCUGCAGGGAGCUUUGUGGGGAGCCAAGCCAAGAAGCACUUCCUGUUACCCCUUGCUGUGUAGGGUGUGCCUCCGCCUGGGUGGUGACAGAAAGCAGGACCUGGCCUACCAAGGGGACCAAACUUUCACAGCACACUAGGACCCAUAUCUAGAAACUCGGGCGAAGCUUUCUGACUUGGAUACUAACAUGUUUGCGGUUGGCCAAAGCUCCUUGGUAAGUUCCCUGUUUCCUGUUGGGGGAUUUCCCAGGAUCUUUACAUCUGCCCUUUAAAAUGUCCAUCAUUUAUUUCAGCCUUUGUGCUUAUGAGAACUCACGAUUUCCCACUGAUGAUUAGGCCAACUAGAUUUGGUUUUGAAGCCCGAGGAUGCUUUAAACGAACAAGCAGUAUUUCGAAGGAGGAAAAGACUCCUGGAUGGUUCUCAUUCACAAGAAUAGCUGCUGCUGUGUGUGCAUCCACGCAGCCCACAGAGACACAUUCCCACAGUUCUGAGUAUCGAAAUUACCACUCCCAGCAAGCGCGAGCUCUAAAUAUGCACCAAAUCAGCCGCCUGCUUGUAGAAAGUCUCCAAUGAGCGAAUUAGGUAACUGCAGUUACACUAAAGCCCUCUCUGUAGAAAUACUAACCCCAGGAAGUUCUUGGGUUCCAUCUAGGACUUCUGCCGUGGAGGAACCAGUGACACAGAAGUUCCGCAUUUCAGGAUUUUUCCUGCCUGAGCUGUGUCUUCACAGCGGUAAAACCCAAUUCCAAGAGAGACAAUUGUCCGCACUACUGAAAGCUGAUCGCAGAGCACUUAUGGCAGUUCAGGAAAAGUGAGCUGAUUUGCAAACAAUUAUUGCUUGCAGAUUGACAAUUCCGUUGGGCUGAAUUUACCACACAGUUACUCAGAUUUGUGCCUAAUUUUGUCUCAUUUCAAAGCUUUGCUUGAUAUAUAUAUAUAUUCAUAUGCAUGUAUAUUUCUGGCUCACUAUAAUUCUCCCAUCUUUGGACUGACACAGGGAAAGGGAAAAUAUUUUUUUCUGUGCUAUAAACAGCAUGUCAAAUAGGCACUCAUGCACGACUUCCAAUAUUAUCAUCUCCGCCUUGAUCUUGUGACCAGUGUCAAUUUCUCAACACCCGGAUAUAAACAGACUGACAUAAGUAUGGAUGAUGUCUGUGUAGGCAUCUACGAACACUUCUAAAAUGCAACAGGUUAUUGCGUUCUGUCCUAGAUCCCCGAUCUCCCAAACGAGUGUAUGGCUGUGGUUAAAGACAGAAAAAUGAUAUGAUUUUUAGGGCUCCAGGAGGAUCAAAAUCCUUUAAUUAAGCUCAAGGCUUUGAGGAUAAAGACAAAGGAUUCUCUGGAUCAGUCCAGUUGUAUUAGGACCAAGGACAAAGAGCGGAGAGACUGAGGAAAGUGCAGGCAAUGAGCAGGACCUUGGGAGUCACUGCAAGGACGUCUCCAACUCAUGAAUCAAGUCAAUUCAGUAGCACUGUCUCAUCAUGAAGACAUGGUAGAAGUGAGACUGUAGGAGUCAUCUUUGCAGCUGCAGUCUCUACCUUGUCAAUUGGGGUUGGAGCCAGAGUGUCUGCAGCUGUGGCCUCAUCUUGCCCUUUGAGGUAUCUCUGGCCUCACAGGCCACUACAGGCCUCAGCCAGGACCAGUGAUUCACAUAGCUUCACUUACUAUGAAUCAGCUCCCGUCGCCAGGCAAGGAUCUGAAGCCUAGGACAGACUCACAGAUAAACAUAAGAAGCCAAUAAGUAAAAUUUAAAUCCUGCUCAAUGCCACUUCGUAGUGGUCUCCAACAACAGGUCUCCAUGUUGCUUUUCACGAUUCAGAAAUGGGGAAGCUUAUGACACUCUUCCCUGUGUCUACAAAUAUCUCGCAGUGUUUCUCUUGUCCAGUUCUCAGCUAUGGGUAGAAUAAGUCCCUCAAUCACAUCCAAGUCACACAGUGUGAAGUCUCUCUCGCUGGGCUCAUGAGACUUGCCAGUGUGAGACUUUGACGCUGUGGGCAGCCUCGUGGCUGUUCAGAUGACUGUCACUACCUUCUCCUGAGUUUCCCUCACAAGAUUGCCCGUGAGCCAUACAGGAAGUCAGCAAAGGGUAUAUUUGUGGGUUCCCACCCUCGUGGAAGCUGCCAAGGGAGCUCAAGAGGGAUCCUGGGGUGGCCUCCUUUUGUGCAGAAGAGAACAAUUUCUGUGUGUGAUUUUGGAGAACAGCCCCAGGGCUUCCCAUGCAAGGCAAGCACCCUAUACAUCUCUGCCACUGGUUCUGCAGCCACCCAUGCUUGACCUCACAUGGACAGCUAGUCAGGCUCUUGCUUGGGGAGCCGCCCAAGGCAGUAGCAGGCAGUGCAGCCUGGAAGGAACCCUGCUCUGUGGGGAGCACAGAGCACUCCAGGGACUUUCUGGUGCCCACGAAUUGCAUGAGGUCCAGGUACUGGUCAACCAUGGGACAGUUGUGCAUCUCAGGGACACAAGGUCCUCUUGAGGCCCAGACUGUGCCCUGGAAUGUUGCACCCCAAAUCAGGAGGACAACCUCAUGCACCUCAAGUGGGGCUGCUCCCUACAGGACUCUGGAAACUCCAGCCCAGCUUCCGGCCUCCCCAUGGCUGCCCAGGAGCCCAGCUGGUUGGGGGGACCCUCUUGGCAGAAGGGCGCAACAUUACCUUCUUGCUAAAGCCAAUAAAACACAUGUAGUUCCUUUCUCUUCACUGUCUCGUUUCUCUUUUCUUUUUAUCCUCCUUUCCUUCUCCGCUUCUCUCCCUCCAUCCUCUUUCCUCUCUUUCUUGCUUUCUAUUUCUCCUUCCCUCUCCCUCCCGCUCUCUCUCUCUCCCCUUCCCCUCCGCCUCUCUCACCACUCCCCCUCUGUCCCCGUCCUUCUUCUGCUAUCUCCUGCUCUCCUGUUUCAGAUCUGACAUUCAUCUCAGGGCCUUCUCCAGGAAAUAUACCUCUGCCCUGCCCAUUUUGCUGUUUUUAAUUUCAUCCACGGGGUGACCCAAGAGAGUCACUCCGAUAGCUGGGUGGCUUUCUCCGUGCAUUCCUCCUGCCGCCCUCUGUCCAGUACAUGGGCCCAGAGGCGAGUUCUUCUCACCCGACUGAUGUGCUGGUAGGUAUGCUGAAUCCCUGGAGUUUAGAAUUUGAGUGAGUCACAGGAGGAAUGCUUUGGAGCCUCGAGGUCCAGGUGACGAGGAGCCCCGCUGUGCGGUGAUGUGUGUCAUCAGACUGCAUUUCGGUCAGGCUCUUCAGCUCUUGCCACUCUGCAUCUCCCAGCUUUUAAUCCAGGAAGCAGCUUUAAAGAUAAAGCCGGUUUGUGUGGUGUGCUUUAUGUGGAAGAACUCUUGGAUUUCAGAAGGAUCACAGCCAUAAUACAGAGAGGCCGUGUAUUCCCAUCUGGGGAGAUCUGUCCACUCACCACUCGUGGUGAUGUUUUAUACAUGGGGCAGAGGGAGGGCAGAGGAAGUCUGAGGGUGGAAAGAAUGGUACAAGGAGAAGGCAACGUAAUUGGAAAUGGAGAGAAAACUUAAGGAUGUUGAAUUCGCUUCAUAAACUCAUAGAAAACUAAUGUCCAGCAAGGUCUGCAGGCACAGCCUUAGGUGCGGGUGAACCCAGCAGAUCCACGAAUGACACCGCCAUAACCAAAGAAUGAUGAACACUUCUGCAAGCUGCCUAUGCCCAUGCCCCGUGUAUAUACUCUGAAGACCAAGAAAGAAAAACAUGAACUAAAGCAGGAAGUAAUAAAUAAGUUGUGCUGGUAAUUAUAGGCCAGAAAAGAGGGAGGUUUGAGAGGGUGCAAGAGGAGGAGUAGAGGAAUUCUGAAAGAAAAUGGGGGAAACAGAUUGAGUCCAACUGAUGGCCUAAUUGAGAAUCUAGUCCAGGAAGCCCUAUGCAAGGACCUCAGAACCUGAUAGCACCUGCUUAAAUGCUACAGAAUUAAAACUGGUAAUUCACAACUGCAUGCUCUUAUCAACAUCCCCUUGCCAACACCAGAAAAGAAAAAAAUAAAGAACCAACCUAAUCCAGAAUUGACCACAGUCUGAAUUAGAGCAGCCUCCUCUGCCGCACCACUUCAGGGAUGGGGAGCCGUGUAGCUAGUCCCAGGGCUGAGCUCCCCUCGUGCUGUCCUGUCUGGGGAUCUGGGUGGUCCCACAGUGAUCCAAUUAGUUCCCCAUCAAUAACUUAAACUCUCCAGUGUCUAUGAGCCAGAGGCUCAAACUGCUUCUCUGUUUCCUGGCAGAGCUCUGCAGAACUCCAGCUUAUGCUUCUGUGCACAGGGCUGGCCCGUGAUUAUGCAUGAAGUGCACCAGCGAGGCCAUGGGUGCCCCAGGGCCUAGCUCUCCAGGGGUCUCUGCAAGGGCUCCCCAAACUCCUCCCCACCACAACGCCCUGUGGCUGUGUCCUGUGCUUCUGCACCUCAACUACAGCUAUUUGAUACUGUAGCUCCCUGAUGUCAGCACCUGGCAGUUUCUUCCAAACCAGGGUUCUGUCUUCCAGGAUCUGUGGGGAGGAGUUGUGUUAUGGUCCAUACAGUGUGUCUACUUGAGCAGUUUGGAAGUUUAACUUAGAGACUCAGCAGGGAGCCAAGGUCCUUGCUUUGUAAAUAUCCUCAUCCUGUGCAAGAGGAAGGCUCUGAGAUUUUGUGAGUGCUAUACCCACCCUGAGCGGCAGGGGCAGGGGUCGCCUGCAUACAGUAUAAAGGAGGAAAAGAGGCUUGUUCCUCCCCUUUUUGCUGGCUGCUGCCUUGAAGUUUUGCCCCAGUGCCAUGCCACUGGAGCCAGUUGAUCAUGGACUGAAACCUCCACAAACAGCUAAAUAAACCUUUCCUCUCUUCAUUUUGGGUGUCAGGUGUUUUGUCCCAGCAGCAAGAGAAAAGUGAGCACCACAGGUCGCUCUCCUGCUGUCCUGAUUUUAGUCUUCUUUAUCACAGCCCUGUUUUUCCAUGGCCUGCACUAAUUACAAGGGCCAGUAGCCACCAGCUCCCAGUCACAUGGUGGGGGUUGCAUCACGAAGUUAUAAAAAGUGUGUGAUUUCCACAUUGGUGCAAAGAGAGUUACACAACAUGGAGCUUUGUUUUCGGUGAUGAUCCUGCUCCAAUCUCCUUCAUCUGACUCUUCAUGUUAUACAGAAGCAAUCCAUUGUCCUUGUCCAUCUCUUAUGUUACAGGAGCUGUUCCAGAACUCUGCGCUUACAACGAAUGCUUCCCUUAAAUGACAUAACCUUCUCCAAGUCAAUGAAGUUGCCUUAUUAAGAUUUACUUAGAAUUAUUUGAUUGUUUAAACAUGAAUGGAUGAUAUGCUUUGCAUUUUAUGUUUAUCGCAGUGAUUCCCUUCUUAUUCUGAGACUGCAGUAUGUUACAAAGAAAUGUACACACACCUUUGGGGUGAUGAGUAUAUGAUGAAUGUUUCUUUUUUUUUAAAGUGUCACUUAAAAACACAUCGCCAAAAAGACUGGGAUAGCUAUGUUUGAAAAGUGAGGGGAGUGUUUCAGGGGAGGUUAAUGGCAAUGUGUCUUGUUUUGUAGUAUUAUUAAUUUGACUAUAUAUUUAAAUAUAUGUAUCAGUGAUUAACCUUGGUUAUGAUGUGUGUCUUCCCACUUUUCAAUAAUCGGAAAAUGAUCAAAUAUAGAUUUUUAUAUCUGAUAUCUAUCUGAGUUGACUAAUGAAAGGUUAAAAAGUCUUAUCAAAUGAACUAAUUUGAUAAAUUUCAAUUUGCAUGCCUAAUAAAAUGGCUGCACUCAAUUAAGACUAGGAAGUAAUUUCAUCAGCAUACAAUUGAAAAAGGGAGGAGGGAGCUGAGCUGGGCUGGGUGGGGGGAGGCUGCUUGGGCCUUGCCGGUGACCUUCUCUCGGCCACGAGCACUGCCACUACUGCCCGGAGGAGGGAGCUGCACUGCAGAGAGGUUUGAGGCCUCCCUAGGUGCGCAGGUGACCUUCUUUCAGCCUGGGGAGCUUCGACACCGACACCCGAGGAGGUGGAUGCCUGCACAACAUCUGAUCCCAGGAGAGUUUGAGACCUUGCACUGGGUGGUUGGGGACCCACGCAGCUUGCAGUCACUCUGGAUUGGUCUUGGCGGGAUUUGGGCCUGCCUGGGGACCACACCUGGUGGCCUUCUUUUGGUCUAGGGAGCUUUUGCUGUGAGGCGGGGGAGCUGUGCGGUUUGGGCUUGAGGAGGCUUUAGGCUGCCUGAGCUGUGCCUGGUAACCUUCCUUUAAUCCGGGGGCCUCGCUGGCCAAGAGCGAGCUACACUACCAGAGGAGUCCCAGGAGCCCAGGACAUCGGAGACAAUUUCCAGCACACCCAGGGGAAGCUUUGGAACAACACAUGAAACACGGAAAUAUAGGAAAA